CGAGGGAUAGAUAAUUAUGAAGGUACUGCCUGUUAUUUUCCUUUUGGAACUCUUGCUCCUCUUUGCUAAUGCCGCGGAGCCCGAGUAUAACAUAUUUUGCUACUGGGAUGGUCAGUCGAUUAAUCGCAAGCAUCGCAGUAAUUUCCAGUCCUGGGAUGUGAAUACGAAACUUUGCACACAUUUGAUAUAUGGCUCAUCCUUGGGAUUAGAUCCGGCUGGUUCAGGCGAAGUGAAGCUUAAUCGGCCAGAGGAGGACUUGGAUUAUGAUCAAUUGGCACAAGUGCGACGCUUAAGAAAUAUUCAACUUAAAACCAUAAUUUCGAUUGGCGGCUGGAAGGAUGAAUCAAAGUUAAUCUCCAAAAUGCUGUCGGACUCAAAGAAACGUGAUCAAUUUUAUUCAUCACUUAUCAAUCUGCUUUAUAAGACUGCCAUGCAGGGCGUCCAGAUUAACUGGAAGUUUCCGGCUCAUCUUGGAAGCCAGCCGGAGGAUCAGAAAAACUUUGUGACAUUCUUGCAUGAGCUAAGGAUAAUUUUACAGGAGCACAACUUUCUCUUGAUGGUUGUAGUGUCUGCUCGCCUGGAUGAAGCUACUCUCGCCGCCUACGACAUUCCCAAGAUAACCAAAUAUGCGGAUUUCGUCACCUUACUUGUCCAUGACCAUCAGGAUCCGUACAGCCGUCGUCUUAGCUAUAACGCUCCACUCUCCGGAGAUAAAAUCAGAAGUGUUGAGAGCUGUGUCAGCCACUGGGUGGAGCACAGCAAUUCGCCAUCGAAGCUACUCCUGGCUGUUCCAUUGUUUGCUCAAUCAUAUACCAUGGACUCGUCAAACACUGUAGUAGGUUCGCCCAGCAAGGGACCAGGUCGUCAGCAGCAAGAUUCCCUACGCCCGGGAUAUAUGACAUAUGGAGAGUUCUGCAAACAAGUUUCCAGAUGGGAGAAGAAGUUCGACAAUAUUGCUCAGGUUCCGUAUGCUUACAAGGGAGAUCAAUGGGUCAGCUAUGAGAAUGGACGCAGCAUUAGCGCCAAGAUGCACCUGGUCAAGGAGCAGCGACUUGGCGGCGCCCAAGUGAUGUCCCUUGAUGCCGACGACUUCCAAGGAGAUUGCGGGGAACGCUACUCUCUACUGCGUGUCAUCGUAUCUAUCAUUGGCAAUCCGGAUACUCUGACUACUCAAAAGCCGACCACUGAGGGCAUCGGCCUUUGCCCGCAGGAGGGCCUCUUCCGCAACAUCUGGGACUGUCAGCAGUAUUACGAGUGCCGUGAUGCCAAGCGUAUCGACUACGAGUGCAUCGAGGGUUACUACUUUGAUGAGAAGCUUGGCGAGUGCCAGCCUGCUAGCCAGGUUGAAUGCAAGCAGGACUUUGUCACCUGGCGUCCAGGUCAAAAGCGUUACAGCUUCGAGAACUUGCCCCUAAAUCUUAAGAUUGUGUAUUAAAUCCCCCAUUUUGUAGAGUUCAUGGUGCACAUAAUAAACCCCAUUAUUCUUUCGGUAGUGCUGUCAAAGUAG